CUUGCUUUGAUCUUCUCUCGCCUCGCUUGCCAGCCAGCUGGCUUGCAGGAGUCCAGAGCUAGGGAAAUGCAUCAUUGUGGCGAUGGGAUGGGCAAAGUUCUUGGACUUGGUUCCUAGUCUUGCCCGUCUUACCGGUCAUCGUCAUUUACGGUGUAUCGGUUGGUAGACUCUUAAGUAAACAGUAGGUCACUUUUUGUUCCCUCUCUUUUCUCAUCCAUCUGUUGUUGUUGUUGUUUUUAACGAGACUUCACUCGUUCUAAUCUCAAAAUGUACUCCUCACUCCCCAUCCUCUCACUCUCCCUUGUUGCUUCAACACAAGUCCUCGCCCAUACACCUAAUGAUUAUUCUUUCGACCCCCUCAAACACCUAGCAGGAGUAGCACCUCCCUUCGACCCCCUCGACCCCCCUCUAGAUCCAGCUCCCCCUCAAGGUUGCAACGUAACCCGAGCCGCCUACCUCGUCCGUCACGCCGCCAUCUUCGCCAACGACUUCGACUAUGAAGAGUACAUCGAGCCCUUCAUUCAAAAGCUGGACAACACAUCCGUAGACUGGAGUAAAAUUCCCACCUUAUCCUUCCUCGCAACAUGGAAGAAUCCCAUUACGGAUGCGGAGCAGGAGAUGUUGACCCGGUCUGGGAAACUGGAGGCUACACGGUUGGGUGUUGAUAUUGCGCAGCGAUAUCAGAGUUUGCGGACGCCGAAGAAGAUUUGGACGAGUACGGCGGAGAGGACGGUGAAGAGUGCGAAGUCUUUGAGUCAAGGACUGGCGGAUGAUGCGUCGGAUGUGGAGGUCGUGGAGAUACCCGAGGAGGCAGAUGAGGGUGCGGAUAGUUUGACGCCAUAUAAAGGGUGUAAUGCGUAUAGUUCCAGUGCUGGAAGUGACCAAUCAUCUGUUUGUUCCCCUCGCCUCCCUUCUCCCUUCCCCUUCCUACCAAGUACUAACCCAUAAGCAGGCCUUCCAAAAAGUCUACACCAAACCAGUAACCGCCCGCUUAAACAGCUACGCCCCAACAUUCAACUUCACAACCAAAGACAUCUACGGCAUCUCCCUCCUCUGCGGCUACGAGACCGUAAUCCGCGGUUCCUCUCCCUUCUGCAACCUCGAUCUCCUCACGCCCAACGAAUGGCUAGGUUUCGAAUACGCAAACGACAUCCAAUACCACUACAACACCGGAUACGGCAACCCCGCCUCAGGAGCCAUCGGAUUCCCAUGGGUAAACGCUACCUUCAAUACCCUCUCCCCCCCUUCCAACACCCAAUCCAACGCGAGCACCGACCAAGACCUCUACAUCUCCUUCACCCACCGCGAGCUCCCACCCACCGUCAUGGUCGCCCUAGGACUAUUCAACAACUCCGCCUUCUCGGGCGCGAAUAACAUCAACGGGACCAUGCCCACGGAUAGGAUCAACCACCGCCGCGCAUGGAAAAGUAGCAAUAUCCUGCAAUUCCUGACGAACGUCGCGAUGGAGAAGAUGGAAUGUAAUUGUUUCGGCUUCGAGGCCGGAUCGUACUAUCGCGUCCUGGUUAACGAUGCGCCCCAGAGUUUGGAUGGCUGUGCGGAUGGACCGGGGGAGAGUUGUCGGGAGAUGGGGCAGUUUCUGCAGGGACGGGCGGGGGUUGUGGGGGGGUAUGGGGAGAGCUGUGCGGAUGGCGGGAAUAUGACGGGGGUUUUGGGGAUUUAUGGGAGUUGA